CGAUUGUUGUACGGAUUUUAUAACGAAUCAUUAAAAAUUUUCAUCGUCGAUGUUGGUAAUUGGUAACAAGUGAUUUUUUAACCGUUGGGCAAUAUGCUUACCGAUAUGACACCCACGGCGGGGCAACUGUACGGCGCCCAAAUACCGGCCAUGACGAUGAACGUUAAAACGGCAGAUCAUCCUAGUCUUCGCGGUACACCUUUGGCGAUGUUGGCUGCCCAGUGCAAUAAACUAUCCAAUAAAUCGCCGCCUCCGUUAGCCGACGCGGCCGUCGGUAAAGGUUUCCAUCCGUGGAAGAAGAGUCCGCAAGGAGCUCCGUCGCCCGGCAGCACAUGCGUUUCGUCGUCAUCGAAUUCGUUAUCGUCCCAAAGAUCAUCGUCCGCUUCUAAUCCGACGUACUCCUCCAGAUCGAUAAUGACGUCGUGUUCGAGCGUUCCGACAACAGCUUCCUCCUACGGAAGCGAUCUUUAUUUCCCCGGAGCCACUACUCAAUCGCCGGCCGUAGCCGACAAUUCCCACGUACACCAUCAUCAUCAUCAUCAAAGUUCUCUAUUGGGGAAAGUGGAAGGAGCCGCCACAGCUCAUCAUACCGCUUUGGGAUCGGUUUAUUCGAGACACCCUUACGAAACGUGGCCGUUUAAUACGAUGUCCACCGCCACCCAUCAUUCCGGUAUCAAAAGCGAUACCGUAGCUUCGGCGAACGCUUGGUGGGACGUCCAUUCGACCGCGGGUAGCUGGUUGGAUAUGAGCGGAGCGGCGGCGGCGGGUAUGCACGCUCAAAUGGCGGCCAAUUAUUCGCCGGAUUAUUCGAGUUUGACGCAUUCUUUAGCCGCUUCUAAUCAUUUACUUUCGUCCGGUCAACACCUUUUGCAAGAUACUUACAAAUCGAUGUUACCUGGCGCCCAAUCUUCGUUCGGUUUACACGCCACCGGUUCGACGCCUUCUCCUACCGGCGGCGCUACGGGAGGACUACCUCCGCAAGUACCUUCGCCCAGAUCUCAAAGACGAUACACCGGUCGAGCUACUUGCGAUUGCCCCAAUUGCCAGGAAGCCGAAAGAUUGGGCCCGGCGGGGGUUCAUUUGAGAAAGAAAAACAUACAUAGUUGUCAUAUACCCGGUUGCGGGAAAGUCUACGGGAAAACGUCGCAUUUGAAAGCGCAUCUUAGAUGGCAUACGGGCGAAAGACCGUUCGUUUGUAAUUGGUUGUUUUGCGGCAAAAGAUUCACCAGAUCCGACGAAUUGCAGAGGCAUUUGAGAACGCACACCGGCGAAAAACGAUUCGCUUGUCCGGUGUGCAAUAAACGCUUCAUGAGAUCCGAUCAUUUGGCCAAGCACGUCAAAACGCACAACGGUAACGGCAAAAAAGGUAGUUCGGAUAGUUGCAGCGAUUCGGAGGAAAAUAGUCAAAGCGAUUUGACGAAUAACGUCAAUUCGCCGGCUUCGAUUAAUCAAACGCCGCCGCCUCCGUCCAACAUGGGCUUAGAUAUGGUGACGGGCUUGGACGUUAAACCUCCGGGAUUAGUUUGAGGCAGGUGGGGCCCUACGCUGCUCUACCCUAGUUAUCCACGCUAGCGUGCGGCCCCUCCCCACCCCACGACGAAAGUGAUAUUUUGUUAUAAUUAAAAGUUUUGUAAAUAAACAUUUUAUAAAAAAACGGCGUACAACUUUGUGAUAUUUACAAUAAAUCAUCCGUUCGAGUUGAUCUAAUA